UGCUGCGUCGUUAUUUGUUUCUCAUUGCGUUCUUGUUCUGCGUCGCACAUGUUGCAUGGGUGGAAGCUACCGGUGUCCACAAUUGGUCAUCUAUUUUUAACCAAGAACCGUCAACUAACUGGGCCGUCCUUAUCGCUGGUUCUAACACCUGGAAAAAUUAUCGACAUCAAAAAUCCGUUUCCAGGUCAAGUGUUCAAUGACUACGAGCUAGAAAAUGUUUACAAGGAUGUGGUAAUUGACUACCGUAGAAAAGGCGAACAAAACGCAAUCAAACUUAUUCCUUCAACUGAUCCUGGUGGAAAGUAUUUCCAAAAACUCAGUACUCGUUCAGCUAUAUUCUUCCAAUCUCAUACGAAUUUUCUUUUUAUUUAUGCUUUACUACAGCUCACUGCCACCCAACUGAACGAUGUCCUCGCAGACAUGCGUUCGAACAACAAGUAUAAUAAAUUGGUGUUUUAUUUGGAUGCUUGUUACUCUGGCUCUAUGUUCCACGAUAUUCUUCCUUCAGAUGCGGGAGUCUACGUGACAACCUCAGCCAACGAAAAUGAACGAAGUAGGGCUGUUUUUUGCAAUGACAAGCGAAUCAAUAUAUGUCUCGCGACCGAAUACUCGUAUGCCUGGAUUACGGAUUCGGAAUACAAAGACUUGAGAAAGCGUACGCUGGAUCAACAGUACGAGGAGGUAAAAAGGAGGACAGAAAAUAGUCACGUGAUGAAGUAUGGUGAGAUGACGACGGGAAGUCUCCCAGUUGGAAAGUUCCAAGGCCAAUAUGAUCUAUUGACGCACCGGAAUGAUGUGCCAAUAACAGUAUGUGUUCAGCGCAAUCUUCGACAUUUUGAAUGGUCUAUUGGAACAGUCAUUACUUACACCCCGAAUGUUUUAGAUAGUCAACUCUCAUCUCGGACGCAUUUGUUAACACUCUCCAGGCGCCUGAUGGAGGCUACAGCUGAGAAAGAACACGAAUUAGCUUGGCGAAAACUGCACCGGGCACUCCAGGUCCCAGAGGUAGCUGAGCACAACAACUCAUCAAUGGAGAUGUGCAAAGCCGGAUACGAGGCCGAAACCCUCAUCGAGGCUGUCCGCAGCGUCUGCGCCUAA